AUGGGAGAAGUUGAACCAGUGAACGACAUUGUUCACCUCUUCGACAACACUGGAGAUCACAUCUCUGGAUUUUCUAGCGAGGGCAAAAUUGCUCACGACAUUUACGCCAUAGGUAGUCAAGAAGCGAAUAUAACUGAAAAAGACUGGGUUAAUCUUAUCAAAAGAGCUCUAUCUCUUAGACAUCCAAAUGUGCAGUAUAAUUUAAUAGGAUCACAGACCCUCCAAGGGAUACGGAUAGUGGUUUUGGUGAAGUCAGAUCAUAUCAACAAGAUCUCUAACCCUGAAUACGCUGUCGUGAAGACUGGUGUGGGUGGAAUGGUAGGUAACAAAGGAGCAGUGGCAGUCUCCUUUGCGUUCGGCUCUACCAACAUGGCGUUUGUGUCCUGCCAUCUCGCGGCACGAGCUGAGCGGAAACUGAAGCGCAAUCAGAUGUACCAGGAUAUCUCUAAACAGCUUAACCUCGGUAAAAAGUCCAAGUUCUCCUCAUUCGACCUGCCGCUCAGGUUCGACCAUUUGUUCUGGAUAGGAGAUUUGAACUAUCGUCUGGAUUGUGAAUAUAGAGAGGUUCUGGAUCGGAUCCGGGUAGCGGACUACAGUGGGCUCAUGAAGUACGAUCAGUUAAAACAGCAGCAGAGAUGUGGCAAUGUGUUGUAUGAUUUUAAGGAGGCCGACAUAAACUUUCCCCCCAGCUACCGCUACAAACGUGGCUCACGAGACGACUACGUGUACAUCAAGUACAAAACAACAGGCAACGUCCACAACGUACCUUCAUACUGUGACCGGAUCCUCCUUCACUCCCUACCCCAGCUAAAACAGACUCAAACCGGCUACUUCUGCAACCUGCAGUACAAGGCCAGUGACCACGCCCCCGUAAUCGCAACCUACCAGGUCUCCACCCGGACUCAGUAUGUCUCCUCUAAAAACACAGACACGGAGACCGACCACAGCGAUGAUUCCCUGAAAAUCAGAUUCCCCAUCCUCCAGGCAAAGAUCAAGACAAACAGUCCGGACAGGUUUUGCGUGAAAUUCUUCUCAUACCUUCUAGAAGGAACCCCGACAAGUAAACCUGCCCCUCGAGUCCUCGCUGAGUACGAUGAUGAGCUGAGCAGCUUCCCUGUACAGUACGGACUGUCCAAGUGUGAUGUGUCCUACUGGGGAGCAGCAGAUAUUCCCGAGCUGGAACCCAUCCUUCCUAACAGAGACUACAUCUCCAAUGACUACAUCUUCAUCCAGGUUGUGUCUCAUGGCAGUGAGGAAUGUUACGGGCAGGGUAUCCUCACCAUGCAGGACAAGGUUAAAACUGACACGGUGCAGCCGUUCAGCGUGGUGUUACGACUCCAUGAUGAAGUGUGCGGGGAGUUGAGAGGCAAGGUUUAUCUCUCCCGGAGCCCUGUCCACGAGAACAGACCUCCCCUCUUCACAGACCAGCUCAUUAACCCUGACUGGACCAGCAACAUGCAGGCCAGCACUAGGAGUCUGGCUUCUCCCGGAGCCAGGUCCUCUGCUUCAGGGUCCUCGUCUAGCAGCAGGUCCCAUAACUGGUCUAAUGAGUAUAGUACUGAUGAUCAUGUGUUGAGAAGUUUUACUCAGGGGUACAAUCAGACGUAG